AUGGAGGAGGAGAUGCAGCCGGCGGAGGAGGGGCCCAGCGUCCCCAAAAUCUACAAGCAGCGCAGCCCCUACAGCGUCCUCAAGACGUUCCCCAGCAAGAGACCGGCGCUGGCCAAGCGCUACGACAGACCCACCCUGGUGGAGCUGCCGCACGUCCGGCCGCCGCCGCCCCCGCCGCCCUUCGCGCCGCACGCCGCCGUCUCCAUCAGCAGCAGCGAGCCGCCGCCGCCGCCGCCGCCGCAGCAGUUCCAGGCGCAGAGCACUUACCCCCCCGGGCCCGGCCGGGCGGCCGCCGCCGCCUCCUCGUCGUCUCCGUCGUGCACGCCCGCCGCGUCCCAGGGCCACCUGAGGACUUCGGCGCCUCCGCCGGCGGCCCCCGCCGCCUCAUCAUCCUCGUCCUUCGCCGCCGUCGUCAGGUAUGGCCCGGGCCCGGCGGCCGCCGCGGGCAGCAGCAGCGCGGGCAGCGACGGCGCCAGCCUGGAGCUCAGCGCAGAGAGUCGUAUGAUCUUGGAUGCCUUUGCCCAGCAGUGCAGUCGAGUUCUUAGUCUCUUAAAUUGUGGAGGAAAACUACUGGACUCCAACCAUUCUCAAUCCAUGAUUUCUUGUGUCAAGCAGGAAGGCUCGAGUUACACCGAGAGACAGGAGCAGUGUCACAUCGGGAAAGGGGUCCACAGUCAGACCUCAGAUAAUGUAGACGUAGACAUGCAAUAUAUUCAAAGGAAACAACAGACUUCUGCCUUCUUGAGGGUUUUCACUGACUCCCUACAAAAUUACCUGCUCUCGGGGAGCUUUCCGACUCCAAACACCUCAUCGGUCAGUGAGUAUGGCCACCUGGCCGACGUGGAUCCUCUGUCCACCUCCCCCGUGCAUACACUAGGUGGCUGGACCUCCCCGGCGACAUCCGAAUCCCAUGGUCACCCAUCCUCUUCUACGCUGCCAGAGGAGGAAGAGGAGGAGGAAGAGGAAGGCUACUGUCCCAGAUGCCAAGAGCUGGAGCAGGAGGUUAUUUCACUGCAACAAGAAAAUGAAGAGCUCCGGCGGAAAUUAGAGAGCAUCCCAGUGCCCUGCCAGACUGUUCUGGAUUACUUGAAGACCGUGCUGCAGCAUCACAACCAGCUCCUGGUCCCGCAGCCCGCCGACCAGCCCGCCGAGGGAAGCAAGCAGCUGUUGAACAACUAUCCUGUCUACAUAACGAGCAAACAGUGGGACGAGGCGGUAAAUUCUUCAAAGAAAGAUGGGAGACGGCUCCUUCGAUACCUCAUCAGAUUUGUUUUCACAACCGAUGAGCUUAAGUACUCAUGCGGCCUUGGGAAAAGGAAAAGGUCAGUGCAGUCAGGAGAGACAGGUCCUGAAAGACGCCCUCUGGAUCCAGUUAAAGUAACAUGCCUCCGAGAAUUCAUUAGGAUGCACUGUACCUCCAACCCCGACUGGUGGAUGCCCUCGGAGGAACAGAUAAACAAAGUGUUCAGCGACGCCGUGGGUCAUGCCCGGCAGGGGCGGGCUGUAGGGACUUUCCUGCACAACGGUGGCUCGUUUUAUGAAGGGAUCGAUCACCAGGCUUCCCAGGAUGAGGUCUUCAAUAAAAAUUCCCAGGAUGGGUCUGGGGAUUAGUGGACAAAAUCUUUACACUGUAGUAGCUGGUCCUCUGAAGAGUUCCAGUUGUCAGCGUCCUGUUACCAUCACCUCAGAGUCCAAAGCAUGUCCUCCUCGCAGACUUUCCACAUCCCAAACCGUAACUCUCUUGACCCUCUGCCACACUUCCCAAAUAGAAAUCCAUUUUAGGGUUGUUUGGGAAGUCUCUGGACCCUACUACAGACUUUCAAGAUAUUAUAAAAGAAAAAAACGAGAUUUUGAAUGAUUACUAGCUAGACAGUGAAGGUGAAAAGAAUAGGCGAGCUCCUGGUCACCUGUCUGAAAUCAUCAAGUGAGCACUGCUUCCUGAGCAGAGCUGGUCCUCACAGAUUGGGGUAGAGUGCCUGCCCAUGACAGGAGGUAGAGAUCUGGAGUUAUUUUAAGGGACAAUGAACAAACAUUCUCUGACUUUAAUUCAAAUUAGUUGUCUGUUUUCCAAAGGCUUGAAUUCAUACUUCUCAGCGAAGACAUGGGUUAGGUGACCUUGUAGGCUGUUUCUACAUUGAUAAAGCCUAUAUUAAAAACAAGCCAGAGAAAAGACACCGCUAGACAGUGAUUAAGUGGAAAUCAGCUGGGUUAUUUUUCAGGUAUUUUAACCCCCUAGAGUUCUACCACGUUGAUCAGAAAGCCACCGUGUGAUCUCUGGGGUUUACAAACAGUAAGUUUUUGUUAUGUCAGUCAAGAAACCUCCAGGAUCCAAAACCCUUUUCAAAAGCUUGAUUUUGUAGGUUCAUAGACUCACAGCUUCCAUGGCCUUCACGCGGCCUCUGGUGACACAUUGCCAGAGUGAUGGGCUGAGCGAUGAGAAUGUCAGUUGGUUGGUUGGUUGGCGCACUGAAGAGCAAACAAGUGGGGGACUGAUGGGAGUUGCUGAAUUGACCAGAUGUUCUGGAAUUGUAUACACACAGCUUCAAGGCCGUCCCGACAGCUAUGCAAUGGGCUUGCCUGUAAUUUCUCUGAAAUGUGAGGGUCAUUCUGUGCUGAGUUGAUCUUUAGAAUUUGCAUCAAACUUUUGUUACUUGUUGUCAUUGACGAAAAUGUUUCAUCCCAGUGUUUUGUGCCUCCUUCCGGCUCAGCGUUCCCUUGAGCUACAAGCUCUGGCUGAGUUACCACUAAACCACUCCCACUUGUUUUCCCCUGUUUCCUUUGUUGAGCUCCAUCUGGAGAGUGAGUGCUGUCUUUGGGCGCAUUCCUUACCUGUACCGUGGAGGUGCUAGAACCUGGUUCUGAGGGCUUCAGGUCUGGGUGGCAGGAAAGGCUUCCUCCAUCACGCGUAUUGACGGUUCCGCGCUUCGUAGAGGAUAGGGCUGCAUGGGCGGAAGUUACUACAAGUUAUUAAUGUCAUCUACAAACCUGACUAAGGGUGUGAAAAUUGGCUGGAAAUUCAUUGAAGGUUUAUGAGGAUCCAUUUAUAAAGAGGUUUUUGUAACCAUUUUCUGUGAGACAAUAAGCUAUCCUUUAUGUUCAAUACUUAGCACCAGCUAUGUUCACAGCUCUGGAAAU